AUGGAACAAUACCCAGAAUGUGCAAGUGUGGGAGAUGGCUUCUCCUUCCGACCCCAGCGAGAGAAGUGCAGCACGAAGCUCUCCAGCUGUCGCCUUCUUUCCGACCCCAGCAGCAAAGGCACUGUCUCCAGGAGUGUCGAGGAGCGUUAUGGACGCCAUGACUCCCAGUUUAUGAACUUCCCGUUGUUGGAGUACACCGAUCACAUCCAAGCGCAGAUGGACAUUGAAGAACACUUCAAUAAACAGUUUUCCUUUAUGCAGCGCACUAACGAGGAUGGAUCGGUUAACUGGGUGCUUCCUUCUGCUGAUAGGAUGUAUACUUCUCCUGUAUGGAAGGAUGACACCUUGCAAGCCAUGAAAAUGUCACUGAAUCAUGUAAAAAAACAGCUAGGUGAGAAGGACAUUGCAGUUUGGCAUAAUCACACGAGCAACACCAACCCCUCUCAGAAAAUUUCUUAUGCAGUUAAGCGGAGAGCACAGCCAGAGAUGGUGACACAGGCAUGGCUAAAAUUUUAUGAGAUCGUGAAUGCAUACCCCAUUGUGCCUCUGGAUGUGGAAGGGGAAGAGGGCCAUGUGCCUUUUAACUCGGUGCACUUGUGUGAGGCUCCCGGGGCUUUCAUUCUGGCUCUCAACCAUUACCUGGCACUCAAUAGGUGGAGCCUGAAGUGGCAGUGGCUGGGCAACUCACUCAACCCAUACUACGAGGGGAUAUCUUCAGACCAGUGUAUAAGUGAGGACCGCUUUAUCUUUCUUACCCUCAAGAACUGGGCCUUUGGUAAGGACAACACAGGUGACCUCAUGGCUCGGAAUAACCUAGACGAUAUCCUGGAGCGUAGCAAAGCCUUGGGGUCUAUUCACCUGGUCACAGCAGAUGGCAGUGUUGACUGCCAGGCCAACCCUGGAGAGCAGGAGGAGACCACACAUGUCCUGCAUCUGUGUGAGGUUAUAGCUGGCCUGUGUCUCUUGGUGACUGGGGGGGCACUUGUCAUCAAGAAGUUCACCUUCUUUGAGAGUGAAUCAGUAUGUUUGAUGUACCUGCUGAGCUGUUUGUUCCAGGAGAUACAUGUGUACAAACCUGGGACCAGCAAACAGGGUAACUCUGAGGUGUAUGUUGUGGCUCUAGGCUAUAUUGGGAGGGAUGCCUGCAAAGAACAGCUGGGGAAACUCAUGGAGGUUUAUGGUGCCAGAGUCAUGCUCCAUACACUGUAUGCACGGGAGGACAUUCCUGAAGCAUUCAUGAAGCAGAUUUACACAUGUUCAGAAUUCUUUAAACGGCAACAGGAAAACAGCAUUGCAAGAAAUCUCAGCCUAUUUCCUAAAAUGCACGAGAGAGAGAAACAAUAUAACGAAUUACUGAAAGUCAAGGGGCAAAAAUUGUUCUUUGAUCGUAAUUACUGCACAACUAUACCGAAGUGGAUGACAAUCACUGAGGGUAAUGUUAACAGAUCCAGACAUAUUAUGGAAAAUGACUGGAGCAAAAUUGACAAUGCCUCAUUAGUAAGAAACAAUACUGUGAAGGAAAAAUUCAAAAUAGUGGUUAAAUUCUUGGAAGAGUAUAUAGAGGAUAACUCUUCUUCCAGAGGGGCAGACAAUGUGACAAAUUUUGCUGAAACAAAAUCCUCGUAUUACUUUACCUCACCCUUGCUAGAGGAAAUUGAAUAUAAAGUUAUAAAGGGCAAACCUUUCCACACAGUCAGUUCAACUAAAUUCUGCCCUCUUAGGGUGUUCAAGAUAUACAGGGAACUCUAUGAAAUGUGGCAAAUCACAAACUCUUCUAAGAAAAUUCUUGGGAUUGACGACAGCCUUGUAGCCAAGGUAGUUGAAGAGCAUGACGAGGCACAUAUCAUUAGGGAAGAGACAGCAUUGGGUCCUCAUUCAAGUUGUAGAGCAUUAGAACAAAUUGUAGUUCUUUUAGAGACAGGUAGUAUUCCUGUGGGUGGGUCUGUUAUUCUUGUGGAUAUACCCCUGUUAACCAGAUUACAGUGUGGACUCCUAAUGGUGGUAGAGUGUGCCUUCACCAAUGUUCUCUUGUACACACCAAAGGAGAUAGGUUCACAGGCUCCUGUAAUUGUCUUACAAGGCUUGAAGUCCAUGGACAUGUCAGAAGCUGUCAUCCGUUCUUUAUACCACACAGGCCUAAGUCCAGAUGGAGGCUCAGGGGGUUCUGGAGGUGCCUUGCAGAUUGUGGCUUACCCCAGCCUUCUACAAGAGGACCAGUACAAUGUGUUUCAUCAUUACAACAUGUAUUAUUACAUUCAUUGUGCUCAGCUGUUGUGUCAGAAUAUUGAAAUUGAUUGAAUAGAUUCCUAAAUAUAUUGAAGAAAAUUGUGUAAUUAAAUUAAAAGAUGUAAUUAAUCAGUCUCUGUGAUCUCUAGCAUAUAACAGUGUUUUACCUCAACAAGCAGAAAAAUGUUAAAAGUGUAUUCAUUGACCCAUUUUUCCCCCAUUAUUGUAAUCAUGAUUGUUUUUGUUUAUUUUUUGAACUAAAAAGUUUAUUAGAAAUCAAAUUUAACCAGUAUCUGGAGACAGACAAGUUAUUUAAGUUAUUUUUUCUCAUGUUGAUGUUAAUAAUUUUAGCAGAUAGUUUGAAAGCAAAUUUAUUUUGAGAUAUUUGGGUUAUACAUGGUUCUUUUAAUUUUUUAGAUAACUCUUCCCACCAUUAAUUAUGUUAUGCUUAUUUUAUUGGAAAGAAAAAUAACUAAUUUUGAAGUAUUUGACCAAUACUAUUUUUAAUUUUUCAACAUUUCAUGCCAGGUGAACAGAGUUACAAUUCUUAGGUUGUAUAUGUUUACAUAUUUAGAGAAGUCUAGUGAAAAUGUAAUUAUUUUUCUUUUUUAUGCAUAUGAACUUCAAAGUGGUGUAAAGCUUUCUACCUGUGCAGUGAUAUUUUCUUAAAUCUGCUGAUAAUAAAAAAGUUAAACUAA